CUCAGCAAGGGAGGAGGUUGCUGAAUCUGUCGUCUGUCGAGGUUGUCGUCUGCUGAAUCUGUUUUGCCCGUUGCCUUCAGGGAAAGGGAGUGGAGAGGAUCCUAAUGCUGCUCUUUCCACCACGGGACAUCACUUGGAAAUACAGAGUCUCUAAAUCCUUUCUUUUUUACAUUUGUGUUAUUAGAUUUCAGUCACAGGGAGCAUCAGUCUUGUGGAUGCUGUAGGAGAAAAAGCCGAAUCCAGGCGCAGGGAGCACCCAGGAUUUUCUGUAUUUGUGACAGCGACCAUUGCACCUCCAGCCGUGCCAUCCCAUCUGGGGAAACAUCCAGCCACUUCUGGCUGGGACAGCUCUCCCCAAAUCUUUCUUUGCUUCCUAAUCCCUGCAGUUUGGCAAGCAGAGCGGGAGCAGGCUGGGCUGGCUGUCCCCCCCCAGCUGCCCGUCCCCCUCGCAGGGCAGGGAGAGGGGGGGUGACAGGCAUCCCGUGGGGCUGCAGUGCCCGCUGGCAGGUAAUGCUGUCAUGCCCUGUUUCCCCCUAAAUCAGAGAUGGAGAACCCACUUGCUCAAGUCUCUGGGCAGCCAGUGAACCCCUCUUCUCUGCGGAGAAAGCAGGGGUCUCCCAGCGCAUCCCCAACGUGUCCAUCCAUCAGGCAGCAGCGCGGCAAGGAUGCAGGAAAGCAUCUCCUUCCGCCCAGAGCAGCAAGCACGAGGCAGACCAGGGUUCAAAGCAAAUUAGAAAGCAGAUGGAAAUGGCCCCUAGGUCUGCCUGGCACUCAAGUAUUAAAGGUUUGGAAAUCUCAAUCUAUCUUUUUUUUUUUUCUUUUUUUCCACCCCCCUUUUUUUCCCCUCUCCUUGGAAGCAGCGUGGCUCCCGUGCGAUGAGUCCAGCCCGGUGGACGUCAGGCCUCGCGUGUCGCCUGCCCUGGCCCCUCGCUCCUUCCCUGCAGGGCUCGGGUUUCCCCUUCUUGCUCCAGUGACGCUGCCUGUCCCAACAGGUGCCAGCCACACGCCGGGGCCACCGCCAGCGCCGCGGCGGCUGGCCAUGCUAACCUAGGGUCAGGCAACAGCCCCGUGCCCAGCCGCUGUCUCCCAGCACGGCACCCAUCCCGGCCAUGGAUCCGGCCCCGGAGAUGAAGAGGACUAGGGUCCCCAGCAUGAACUUUGAAGCAGAGAUUCUGACAGCUCCACACGAUAAUUCAGAGCUAUAUGUGAUCCCUUCCAUGAGAAGUCUCACAGCUGAGGAGUAUGUAGAAGCCUUUAAGUCAUUUUUGGAUCAUUCAACAGAGCAUCAGUGCAUGGAUGAGUUCAACAGGGAAGAAAUGCCCAACAUCAUGGCUGGUCUCGGCGACGGAAAAUCGACAAUAAACGUUCUGGGAGUUGGAAGCGGCACAGGUGAACAGGAUUUGAAAAUGAUCAGGAUAUUGCAGGCUGCACACCCGGGGGUCCUUAUUGACAACGAAAUCAUAGAGCCCAACCCACAGCACGUGGCAGCUUACAAAGAGUUGGUGAAUCAAGCUCCAGACCUGCACAAUGUCUCCUUUAUUUGGCACCAGCUCACUUCCUCGGAGUAUGAGCAACAGGUGAAAGAGAAAGGCACGCAUAAGAAAUUCGACUUCAUCCAUAUGAUCCAGAUGCUGUACCGUGUGGAAGAUAUUCACAAUACUAUCAAGUUUUUCCACAGCUGCCUCGACCAUCACGGUAAACUCCUGAUCAUAAUUUUAUCAGACAGUAGUGGAUGGGCCAGCUUGUGGAAGAAUUACAGACACUGCUUGCCUUCCACCGACAGCGGCCACUAUGUCACCUCCAGCGGCAUCACCGAUGUUUUGAGGAGACUGGGUGUUGAAUACCGCGUCUACGAGUUCCCGUCGGGCUGGGAUAUCACCGAGUGCUUUAUCGAGGGGGACCCGGUCGGAGGCCGCAUGAUGGAUUUCCUGACGGGGACAAAAAACUUCCUGGGCACGGCCCCCGUGGGGCUGCGGCGGCGGCUGCAGGAGGCUCUCUGCCAGCCCGAGUGCAGCAGCAAAAAGGACGGGAGGGUCAUCUUCAGCAACAACUUGAGUAUGAUUGUGGUUGAAUCCUAGAGUCCGGACCAACUGCAGAAGACAUAUUAGGGUGGGUACAGGGGUGAUGGGUUGGCACAAGGACAUAGCGUAGAAAGAAGGCCACUUGCAGGCAAGAAGGUAAGAAAACGGGGACUCAGCCGCAGCCUCCCAUUCCCAGCCAGGGCCAGCGGGCACUGCGACACCGGGGACGAGCUCUUUGUCCCACUGAGGUCACCGGGGCCAAGAUUUCACCCUGGCUAUUUAGUCCAGCCCUAGGAGAGUGUUUUUCCAGAGCUCCAUCUCACUAAAAGCCUACAUGGACUUUUUAUUUUUAACAGUAUGCAUCCUGUCUGUGCUUUUGACACUGGGAUUUCCACUUUUCUAUGUAGCCAGCAUGUUUACAUACCUAAAGGCACGUCUAUAUGACCAGGUGCCGCUUUGCAGCUGGGAGCAGGCUGCAGUCCCCACGUGCCCGCUGCUUCCAGCCGCGCCAGGACAAAACCUGUAAGGUGUUCCUGCUCCUUUCCCCCAGAUAAUGUGCCUCGCUGCACCCAGCCCGGAGCUGUAAGUCGCUCUGCGCUAGGCUAUUUCACAUGGUUUUAUCAGCGUAGGUAUUUACUGCCCCAAGCGUCUCAGCACCUCGCAGUAUAGACACGUCUUAAAAGUUUAUCAGCCUUUCUGUUCGGAGAAUUUUUUUGGAUCCCAGGAUGAUACUUGCCCUGCGCUUUUACAGGCAGGGAUUAAUUUUGUUACUUCCUUACUACUGUUUUUCUCCAUAUAAAAUAAAAGCAAUUUUAAA